AUGACAGAUUCUAAGUGUGAUCCCGGCAAGUUUGGCCUAGAAUGUGAGAAGACUUGUAACUGUGCUACAGACGAGGCUUGUUUUGUUGCUACUGGAGGUUGUCCUUCUGGCUGUAAGGCUGGAUACUAUGGGGAGGCUUGUCAAAAGGCCUGUGGGCCCCACACCUGGGGCAUCAGCUGUAACCAAAACUGUAAAGAUCGUUGUAUAGACAACACCUGUAACAGGUUUAAUGGAGACUGUGAUAAAGGAUGUAAAGACGCUCAUCAGCCGCCGGCUUGUACACUGGCUUGCCAUGAGACGUAUUACGGCAGCAAUUGCUCACAAAAAUGUAGUCCCAACUGUACCAACAGCCUAUGUCAUCCUGUCAAUGGUCAUUGUUUGUAUUGUGAUGAUGGCAGUGAGGGGGAUUUUUGUGAUCAGCCAUGUGAUCCCUAUCAUUAUGGAAUUCUUUGUAAAUUGAAUUGCUCCAUCAAUUGUUUCCAAUCAAAAUGUGACAGCGUCAGUGGUCAAUGUGAACAAUGUUGUCCGGGUUUAACAGGAAAAUUUUGUCAAAGUGAGAAAGAACAGUCUGACGGAACGUCUAUAGGCAUUGGUAUCGGUGUGGCCAUCGGUGUUGUAGUAACUUCCCUUCUGUUUAUCAUUGCCGCAGUACUUCUACAUCGUAUGAGGAUAUUAUCUCUUGGAAGGAAUCAGAAAAUAAAAAAGGAAAAGCCUGAAAAUAUUCCCGGUAUCAAACUCGAGUCAGAGCAACACAAGAUUUAUACCGAGGCAAUUGAAACUGAGGAGAUUGAUUUACAAGUUAGCUCAAGCCCAUACACAAACCAGAAUGUUCAUACUUACGAUGUGAUUAAUUUACAAGAUGUUGAGAAAUCUGAUUAUCAUAAAUUAAACAUAUAA